UUACAACGAGAAAAGGGUAGUUUAAUUAGUAAGACCCCUCCUUGCACUAAGGAGGACUUACAAGCUUUGGUCCGCUAUGUCUACAGUACAGUGCGCGUGCACGACGACUACCCAGACGCCGCGUUGGCGCGUCUGAUGUGGCACCGCUUCGCUCGGUCUUUGAACCUAGGGUAUGUCCAAAAGCAACACGUGUCGGUAUCGGCGGACGGCACCUUCUAUCUUCGACUGCUACGGGUCAAGACUUGGGAAGAGCAAGGUCUUACCCUAAUUCCCGACAAGAACGACGUUCUCACGUGCCCCUUGCACGAUUUGACCGUGGCGCUAGCGAUGCAGGAUGCACCAAGCGCACUCUUUCCGGCGUGGCGGGGCUCAACACGCAAACGGCAACGAUCGUCUUGCUCCCAGUGGAUUUUCGAUCGCGGCGCUUGGGAUAUGACGAAGACCAACAAGGCAUUUGUCUAA